UUGCCCCCACGACUGGACUGGUUCGUGCAGACGCAGGUGGGCCAGCUGACCCAAGGAGGGGUCCCUGCAUGGUUCCAUGGUGCCAUCUCGAGAGAGUGAGGACACAUCCGUACCUUCUACCCUGCCCUUCACCCUCUUUCCUUGCCUGGGGAUGCCGAGAGUUUGCUGGAGUCACAGCCGCUGGGAUCUUUUCUCAUCAGGGUCAGUCACAGCCACGUGGGCUACACGCUGUCCUACAAGUAAGGCCUGGGCAAGGGACGAGGGAGGGGGCAGGAGGGCUCCCGGGCUUCCUCGGAGGGGGAAGCUUCAUGCCACGACGUCUCAGAGAGCAACUGGUGAAAAGUUCUGGCCAGCUCUGCCUGCAGUGAGCAGCUGCAGGUCUGGCUAUAACCAGCAUACGGGGGCUUGGUGGUAACUGAGCCUGUGUGUCUGAAAACAGGGGCUGCUGGGAGCCCAAGAGUGGCUACUGCCCUCGCCUAACCAGCCCCCCACCCCCACCCCCAUCUACCUGGCAACUCUCUGACUCCACCCAGAGGGACGUGUUAGGGAAACUCAGGGCAGUCCAGCUCCUUAAGGCCUCAAAAGCUGAUAUGGCAUCUCAGAAGAUUCAGCCGCACAGACUACUUUUCAAAAGGAUUCUAGGCCAGAGGAAUAAAAAAUCCAAUGGCCCCACAACAGAGUGGCCCACAGGGAGAAAAGCUUAGGGCCCGAGUCACACAGUCAAAGUCUUGGCUGUGUGACCUAGGACGAGUUACUCAACCUAUCUGUGCCUCCCUCGAAGUCCUCAUCUCUAAUAUAGGAAUGCUAAAAUCAAUUCAGAGUCUCAAUGCGAAAAUUAAAUAUGAUAUAGUAAGCACAUAGUGGGCCGUUAAUAAGUGCAUCCAUUCAUUAACAGAGCAUUUAUCAAGCACCUGCUGUGUGCCAGGCAUACAGCCUUAGCCUGGGGCCUGAUUCAAAUUUUCAUUAUCAUUUCUGUUGAUCAUGUGACCCUAGCCAGGCACCAAGCUAAGCUUUUGUCUGCAGUAGCUUAUUCCGCUUUUGUAAGAACCCCUGAGGUUAGCCUUGGUAGCCCCAGGGUAUAGAUGGGGAAACUGAGGCAUGGUAUGGUUAGUCACUUACCGAGUGUCACAUGGCUAAAAAGCACAGAAGGCUAAUGGGAGCCUGAACCGUUGGUGCUGGCGGCUCGAGGGCUGGGAGACGGGGACGGAAUGAGGAGGAACGGAAUUUUCCAGCCCCAGCAGUGUCUCCGCAGGGCCCAAAGCUGCUGCCGCCACUUCAUGGUGAAGCUGUUGGACGAUGGGAGCUUCAUGAUCCCUGGGGAGGAGAGGGUCCAUGCCUCGCUGCACGCCCUGGUCACCUUCCACCAGCAGCGGCCUAUGCGGCCACACGGGGACCUGCUGACACAGCCCUGUGGGCAGAAGGAUCCAGUGAACGUGGAUUAUGAGGAUCUCUUCCUUUACUCCAAUGCAUUGACUGAGGAAGUCACCAGCCCCACCCAUGGCCCCAGCAAACAUCAGAACCCUUCCUCCUGUUCCACGGUUGCACCUGAGGAGACCUCAGGAAGGCCCAUCCUGCUCCAUCGGCCAAAGGGAAGGAGGCCAUCGGCAAAGACAAGCAGAGACCCCAAGGAGGAGGCCACUUCCUCCUGCCCCCCGAGAGCCCCCCUUGAGGAGGCCUGCCAGAAACUCUGGAGAAACUUCAGGAUGCUUCCCGAGACGGGCAAGAGGGUCCAGCAGCAGCUGAAACCCCACUCGGCACCUGUGAACUUGUCUUCGCUCUGGAAUGCUGGGCCACCGGCACUGGCACACAGCUCAGGGGCCAGGCCAGGUGACACACACUGGGAAGACGACGUCUCCACAGCCCGCUUUGCGGCCACGUCCCUCACAAGUCCCGCACAGUCCCAGGAUCUGAGAGACGGAGGUGACCCCUCCGGGAAGGCCUCAAGAUUGGCCAGCGGGAGCAAGGUGACCCCGAGGGUCAGGAGUUGGCACCGAGUGGUAAUGAGGGCCCUGUCCUCAAAAGCAUCCAAACCGGAGACAGAAGGGUUGGCAGAAGCCCAGAGGGACUGGCUCCCUGAAGAGUACCUCACGCCGCCACCCUUUGCCCCUGGGUACUGUUAGAGCUUUGCCCUGGCUCUGGGACCCUUGCUGCAGGGGCUGCUCACACCUGACCCCUGGUUGUCUGCCCACCAGCCC